GGCGCCCCGUGGUGGAGGAUUCUGCGGCAGCAGGAGUGUAAGAGUGAAUGUGCGGAAGAGUGUGCAAGGAGGUGGAGCCGCGCCAGCGGGUGUGCCUGGGGCUGGAGGGGAAGAUGUGUCAAGUGUGAGAGGCUCCGAAUGUGUUUCCAUAAGUGUCUAAACCUGUGUGUGUGUGGGGGGGGGCGGUCAUGGUGAGAGUGUAACUGUGUUUGUGAGCGAGAGUGUGAUUAUGAGCCUUGAGUGUGACUGUUAUGAAGUAUGCACUUUAGGAGUGUGUGAAGGCAAAUGAGAGCAUGAGUGAGAGCUGGGGUUUGAGAAGGCCAUGUGAGUGUGAACCUGCCCAGUAGAGUGACCGUGUGUGAGCACGUGCGUGUGUGUGUGCAGGUCAGGACACCUGAGGACCCAAGUGAGUGGGAGGGUGAUGAUAUAAGCACACCUGUGUGAGCACAUGGACUGCCCUUGGGUUUGUAUGUCUCUGUUUUGGCUCUUGAGUGGAGGAUCCCCAGGUGUGGGGGAGAUUGCUGAGAUCACCAGCAUCUGGAGAAAACUGAGAGGUGACCAGCGCCAUGUCCAGCCAGGUGGUGGGCAUUGAGCCUCUCUACAUCAAGGCAGAGCCAGCCAGCCCUGACAGCCCAAAGGGUUCCUCGGAGACUGAGACCGAUCCCCCCGUGGCUCUGGCUCCUGGCCCAGCUCCCACCCGCUGCCUCCCAGGCCACAAGGAAGAGGAGGAUGGGGAGGGGGCUGGGCCUGGCGAGCAGGGUGGUGGGAAGCUGGUGCUCAGUUCCCUGCCCAAACGCCUCUGCCUGGUCUGUGGGGACGUGGCCUCCGGCUACCACUAUGGUGUGGCAUCCUGUGAGGCCUGCAAAGCCUUCUUCAAGAGGACCAUCCAGGGGAGCAUCGAGUACAGCUGUCCGGCCUCCAACGAGUGUGAGAUCACCAAGCGGAGACGCAAGGCCUGCCAGGCCUGUCGCUUCACCAAGUGCCUGCGGGUGGGCAUGCUCAAGGAGGGGGUACGUCUGGACCGCGUCCGCGGUGGGCGACAGAAGUACAAGCGGCGGCCAGAGGUGGACCCACUGCCUUUCCCGGGCCCCUUCCCUGCUGGACCUCUGGCAGUAGCUGGAGGCCCUCGGAAGACAGCCCCGGUGAACGCACUGGUGUCCCACCUGCUGGUGGUUGAACCUGAGAAGCUGUAUGCCAUGCCUGACCCAGCGGGCCCCGACGGACACCUCCCAGCUGUGGCCACCCUCUGUGACCUCUUUGACCGAGAGAUCGUGGUCACCAUCAGCUGGGCCAAGAGCAUCCCAGGCUUCUCGUCACUGUCACUGUCUGACCAGAUGUCAGUACUGCAGAGCGUGUGGAUGGAGGUACUGGUGUUGGGUGUGGCCCAGCGCUCCCUGCCGCUGCAGGAUGAGCUGGCUUUCGCCGAGGACCUGGUACUGGAUGAAGAGGGGGCACGAGCCGCUGGCCUGGGGGAACUGGGGGCUGCCCUGCUGCAGCUGGUGCGGCGACUGCAGGCCCUGCGGCUGGAGCGCGAGGAGUACGUUCUGCUGAAGGCCCUGGCCCUCGCCAAUUCAGACUCUGUGCACAUUGAAGAUGCUGAAGCAGUGGAGCAGCUGCGAGAAGCUCUACAUGAGGCCCUGCUGGAGUAUGAAGCUGGCCGGGCGGGCCCCGGAGGGGGCGCUGAGCGGAGGCGGGCAGGCAGGCUGCUGCUCACACUACCGCUCCUUCGCCAGACAGCAGGCAAAGUGCUGGCCCAUUUUUACGGGGUGAAGCUGGAGGGCAAGGUGCCCAUGCACAAGCUGUUUUUGGAGAUGCUCGAGGCCAUGAUGGACUGAGGCAAGGGGUGGGCAUGGGUGGGGGUGCUGGCAGGACCCGCCCAGCACGGGGUCAGCCCCAAGGGGGCAGAGCUGGGGUCUGGGCAGUGCCACAGCCUGCUGGCAGGGCCAGGGCAACACCAUCAGCCCCUGGGAGCAGGCCCUACACCCUCCCCUCCCCCCUCCUUGGGGGUGUUAGAAGCUGGGAACAUGUGCACCCAGGCUCUGGGCACAGUGCUGCCCCUCGCAAGCCAUAACGUGCCCCCAGGGUGUAGGGGGCCUUGCGGAAGCCAUAGGGGGCUGCAGGGGACGUGUGUGUUGGGGGGAGGGGUGGGCAGAAGCCUGAUCUCAGGGAGGGAAGGGAGUGGAGGCCACAGUCUCCCAGUGGGUGAUGCUUUUGCUGCUGCUUAAUCCGACUUCCUCUCCAGAAUGGAGGGGGAUUCGGAGAGCAAAGGCUCCUGCUCCCUUUGCUCCUCUCUCAUCAUUUGCAUUGGGCAUUACUGCCCCCCGCCCCCACCUUGAAGCAAUAACUCCAAGCAGGCUCCAGCCCCUGGACCCCUGGGGUGGCCAGGGCCCCCCAUCAGCUCCCACCCAGUCUCCUCAGGGGGCAGGGAGAGCACUGCCUCUAUGCCCUGCAGAGCAAUAACACUAUAUUUAUUUUUGGGUUUGGCCAGGGAGGCGCAGGGACACGGGGCAAGCCAGGGCCCAGAGCCCUUGGCUGUACAGAGACUCUAUUUUAAUGUAUAUUUGCUGCAAAGAGAAACCGCUUUUGGUUUUGAACCUUUAAUGAGAAAAAAAAAUAUAUAAUAUCGAGCUCAAAAACA